UUCCUUCAUCCAAAAAAAGGGUUACCAAACCAAAGAAGAGAGAAUGGCGUCUAGGGUUCUUCUGAUUUUGUGUCUGUCUUCUCUCUUCUUCUUCCUCGCCGCUUCCACGAAGGAAUAUCCCGGCCAAGCAAAAAUCUUUGACGUCAGAAACUAUGGUGCUCACGGUGAUGGCCGAAGAGAUAACGCUUUCGCGUUUACAAAGGCGUGGAACGAAGCUUGCCAAUGGAGUAACGGAAGAUCAACAGUCUAUAUUCCUCCCGGAAUAUUCUAUCUCCGUCAAGUAACGUUCACUGGUCCUUGCAAAAACCCUAUUACUUUUAUUAUCAGAGGAACUUUAUUGGCUCCUAGUAAUCCUUACGCUAUCAAACAAGAUGAAUGGAUACUUUUCAAGUACGUUGAUAAUCUCACUGUUACUGGCGGCGGGUUACUUGACGGCCAAGGAUCUUAUUCUUGGCCUCUCAAUGAUUGUAACAAAAACACCAAUUGUCGUACACUAGCUAUGAACAUUGGGUUUGCUUUUGUUAAAUCAUCGAAGAUCAACGGUCUAAGAUCUAUCAACAGCAAAAUGGGACAUUUCAACUUAUUCUCGGUCGAGGAUUUUAACAUUACCGGCGUUACCAUCACUGCUCCCGGAGAUAGCCCUAAUACCGACGGAAUCAAGAUCGGGAAAUCUAGCCAUAUGCAUAUCUUCAACGUCACUAUUGGAACCGGUGACGAUUGUAUCGCAAUCCUUGACGGAACCAGUAAUUUGGAUAUCUCUGAUGUCAGGUGCGGACCAGGGCAUGGGAUUAGUGUCGGGAGCCUAGGGAGGUAUAAAGAGGAGAAGAACGUCCAGGGCUUAACAGUCAGAAACUCGAUUAUCAACGGUACAACUGACGGUUUACGUAUCAAGACAUGGGCUAAGUCGGUAUCGCAGAUUUCGGUUUCGAAUUUCCUCUACGAGAAUAUCCAAAUGAUCAAUGUUGGAAACCCUAUCGUCAUUGAUCAGCAGUAUUGUCCACACGGCCAAUGUGAUAGUCCUGGAAAGUAUGCUUCACAUGUUCAGAUCAAAGACGUCAAGUAUAACAAAAUUUGGGGAACUUCGACAAGCAAAGAGGCUUUGAAGAUUGAAUGUAGUAAAACGUUUCCUUGUCAAGACGUUGAGCUCUCAAAUAUCAACUUGAAGUACGUUGGACGUGACGGUUUAGUCACGGCUUUGUGUGAGAACGUUGGUGGUUCGAUUCGUGGCAAGAUUGUUCCUGCAAACUGCCGGAUUUGAUCUUUAUUAGAUUGUUGGAUUUUUAGACUUUAUAUAACUCUUUUAGGACUAGGAUCUUAUUAGGUUUUUCUACGAUGCAAUACUGAGGCUACUAAAACCUAAUAAACAUCCAAAUAAUUU